UUCCGUGAUCGGGCUCAUGUGACCGUCGAGUUUUGACGCGAUCAUAUCUGGGAGCCGUUCGGAGGCGGUGCGCGCACAAACCGGGAAAACGCUCCAGGGAACGAGGCGACGGCCGAGAUUUGAAACGCGAUAAAUCGGCCGCUCGGAUACUCCGCUGCCGCUUUAGGACCUUCCUGCUUCGGAGACGGAAAACACCCGGUUCCUGAAUCAUAGUUUUAUAUAUGUGCAUAAAUAGUGAUUAGACGGGGACAACGCCGGGAUGACGCGCUGGUUCACGCACGCAGACAGGGACUGGUGACCGUGUAGUGAUCCAGCGCGUUUGAUGAGCUCGUCGGAUUACCGGGAGGAUGGCAUGGACCUGGGGAGUGAUGCGUCCAGUCGAUCCAGCUCAGAGUCCAACUCCAACAAGGUUACACCUUGCUCCCCUUCUCUUGACCUGGCCACUUUGGAGGACUACAAAUCCUCCCCAUCGCUGGACCUGGUCACCUUAGAGGACUAUGAGGAGGAUGAGGACUACCAAGAGUAUAAGAAGAAGGUGAUAGAGGAGUGGGAGAGUGAGUAUGGAGACGACUACACCUCUCCACCACCUCCUGGUCAGGAGGAAGGCGGAGGAGGCCUCGUGGAGGUCGACGGCCUUGGCCAAGGCUACAGGAAGACAGUGAACAGUCGCAGCCUCGCCGAAGAAUUCCAGGAUGUGAAGCCCGUCCCACCCCUUCCGGCCCCUGGCGGACACACUGCCACCUCAGUCGCAGCCAUCCCAGAGGAACUGAAACAAAAUGGCAAUUUGAUUUUCCCCAGAAGCAACCAGCUCCACUCUCCCGAUACGCCAAAGGGGGGCACAGGGAUUCAAAAGCCCAGCCGCCGUAGCUCCAGUCAAUUCAGAGGGAGCCGCAGCAGUAGCGGGGGUGGUGGAGGAGGAGGGACUGGGGUACGGAUGGGAGGAUACAGAGAGGAGGAGGGUGUAGAGGAAGAGCCUCUGCCCACCAUGGACUGGGCAGCCCUGGAGAGGCACCUGGCUGGGCUGCAGUGCAGAGAACAGGAGAAUCAAAACCUCAACCACAUCCAGAACCACAACAUGGGCAAGACCGCCUACACCUCGGCCCAGAAGAAUGAGAGGGAGUCCAUCAGGCAGAAGUUGGCCCUGGGCAGUUUCUUUGACGAUGGGCCCGGCAUCUACACCAGCUGCAGCAAGAGCGGAAAGCCCAGCCUGUCCUCACGGCUGCAGAGCGGGAUGAACCUACAGAUUUGUUUUGUCAAUGACAGCGGCAGCGACAAGGACAGCGAUGCAGAUGACAGCAAGACGGAGACCAGCCUGGACACGCCUCUGUCCCCCAUGUCCAAGCAGAGUUCAUCCUACUCAGACAGGGACACCACAGAGGACGACUCGGAGUCCCUGGAGGACAUGGACUUCGUGAGUCGACAGAAGAAGCUGCAGGACGAGGCGAAGAUGGCCCUGGCGAUGGCCAAGCCCAUGGCCAAGAUGCAGGUGGAAGUGGAGAAACAGAAUCGUAAAAAGUCCCCAGUGGCCGACCUGCUUCCGCACAUGCCUCACAUCAGCGAGUGUCUAAUGAAAAGAAGCCUGAAGCCCACCGACCUGAGAGACAUGACGCUGGGUCAGCUCCAGGUUAUAGUCAACGACCUGCACUCCCAGAUUGAGAGCUUGAAUGAGGAACUUGUACAGUUGCUGCUGAUCCGAGAUGAACUCCACAUGGAGCAGGACGCCAUGCUGGUGGACAUAGAGGACCUCACCAGGCAUGCUGAGAGCCAGCAGAAACAUUUGGCUGAGAAGACCCUAUCCAAAUAAAGAUGCCUGUCCCCUGCUCCCCCCCCCCCCCGCUCCCCCUCUUCCAAGAUUAGCCCCCGGAUCCAAACCCGACUUCCUGCCUUCCGGCCAUUCCCCCCCUCUGCCCCGAGUCGAUCCAUGUCCUGCCCCGCUCGUCCCAACGUACUUUGCUCCCCUCUGCUUCCCCCCGUCUCCCCCCUUGUCUUACCUUCCUGUCCCCCCCCCCCCCCCCCCCCCACUGACUCCAGUGGUAGCAGCAGCACAGAAGUAGACCACUCUCUUUCAUUCGCUUCUGUGGUUUUCUCGCGGCGCUAAGAGGAGCACUUCCUGCUUUGUGGGUGAAGAGGAUCGUGUCUCGUCCUGGAUUCUGUCCCCAGCUUCCUGUGCAGUGAUCGGCCUUGCUUUGCUAUUGUUUCUUUUUAACUUUCUACAUUCGCCACUAAAUUAUAACUGUUCAAAUGCAAAAAUUGUGGGAAAAAAAUAAAAUAAUAGUGAAAAACUUUAGUAGAAAGUCAUUCAUGAGAAAAAAGAAACAACAUUGUGUAAAAAAUAAAAAAAAAAAAGAACGAUGGAAAGCUAACUUCUUCAGACCAUUUUAAGUUGGACAGUAAUUUUAAAGUAUUCAAAGUCGACCUGUUUUUAUUCUGCACAAACGGUAGUUUUCAACUGAGACAUGUUCAUUUGAAGGUGCUUAAAGAGUGUUACAGAAACAUGCCUGCCUUGUAGUGGAGUCGUAGCUUUUGGUAAUACAUUCACUCUAAUUGCUCUUCAACAUUUUGUGAAUGUUGAUUUUCUGACACGAGUCAUUUUAAAUGAAUAAGUGUGUUAAUAUCGUUUUCAUCCUGUUGUAUUCAGAAACUUUAUUUGAGGAAAGAAAUGUUAUUGUACAGAUAUGUAAAAUAAAGAAUAAACUUUGUUUCAUAUA